CAUCGCACUUGCUGCAAUUCCUUCCACAGCCCCCAUGGGCGCUACUGACGUUUCGUCAUCCGACGAGGUCUGUUCCUCAAGCUACUGGAGUCUGCCGCUGCCAACGUCCGAUGUCUGCUUUGUGGACACCCCAGCAGCAUUCGAAGCGGUGGCGCUUGCUCUAAAAUCUGCAGCAAUCGUGGGACUAGACUGCGAAUGGAAGCCUGUGGCGAGCAAGACAGGUCGGGCGGCAUCGAGGGGUUCCCCAAAGGUUGCAGUCCUGCAGAUUGCAGUCCGGAAGAGAGCGGUGCUGAAAAAUGCGAAGCGGGAGGUGUUGUUUGUGGUGGACAUGCUGGCGCUCAAGCCGUCAGUGUUCGCUGCGCCCCUGAAAGCGAUGCUGAGCAGCCCCCACAUCCUCAAGCUUGGCUACGCUUUCAAGGACGAUCUCCGUCACCUGGCGGCUUCCCAUCCAGGCCAGGACGCAAAGGGUUGUUUUGACAAAGUGGAAAACUUUGUUGAUGUGGGGAAGCUCUUCCACACCGUCAAAGGGGGCUCAGACUCUUGGAUAGUGGGGACGGGGGGAUUGGCAGCGAUUACAAACACCGUGCUGGGGCUUCCACUGGACAAGGAGCUCCAGUGCAGUGACUGGGAGGCCCGCCCCCUGUCUCAGGCACAGCUUCUGUAUGCAGCGACUGAUGCCUACUGUUUGUUGCCCAUCUACGACGCCCUCUUGCACGAGUCCUCAAGGGAUGCUCAGCCAGGGCCCCUCGUCCAACUUGUCGGCCCACAGAAGCCUUCCCCCGCUUUGAGCAUCGCAGCUGCUCUAGACUUAAACCCCCCCUCGACCGCUGACGUCAGCCACACGUCGUCCUGCCUACCUGCCACGUGUCUCCUCAGCUCUCGCAGCAUCUCCCCUGCGGAGGUCGCCACCGCGGCAAGCCUGAGCGCUGCGGGGCUCGAUGGAACGGAGGAAGAUGUGGCGCUAGCGAUGGGGCGCUUUGCAGAGCGGUUGAGCCUGAACAGCAUCAACCACGACGUGGGAAGCAAGAAGCCGAAAAAACGGCACGGAUCAAAGGCCAGGAGACCUCUGGAGGCAAUCGACGGUCAGGGAUUGUUGGACGACUGCGAGUGGUCAGGGCCGCCCCCCUGGGAGGAGGACGCCGCGGCGGGGGGCAGCGGCGAGCCCAAGUUUCUGUGCGAUGUCCACGUGGAGGGGCUCGCCCGGCAGCUGCGGUGUGUGGGCUUUGACACUGCCUCCGCUGUGGGUCCCCGGUCGGACCCCCGCCAGAUGGUGGAGCAAGCGGAGCGGGAGGGCCGCGUUCUGCUGACCCGCGACCGGCGGCUGAUUAGAAGACGGCUGCUGCCCCCCAACAAAGCUUACCUGGUGAAGGCUUUGGGCAAGCAGGCCCAGCUGAGAGAGGUCCUGAGCGCCUUCAAGCUGGGCGUGCGAGCGCGUCGGCUUCUCUGUCGCUGCAUCAAGUGCAACGGCGAGUUCGUAACAACGCCGUUGGGGCCCCGCGAGGCCGCCGCCACGGCGCCCUGGUCGCAGGUUAUUCCGGAGUGCGCGUUGCGCGCGCACACCGAGUUCUGGCAGUGCGCUGCGUGCCGGCACAUCUAUUGGGAGGGUACCCAGUUCCAGCGAGCGAUACUGCAGUUUGAGGCUCAACUUGAAGGCAUCAUGGAGGGCACGGUUGCAGAGGACAGGUUCUCCAAGUCGAGUCUAAUCGUUAUGAAUGUUGAGGACAACGAAAAUGAUAAUGCUAGAGCGUCCGAUAGCAAAAUCAUUGUUGGGUACUGCACCGAACCUGGUGAAGAGAAACAAGAGAUGGACGAGUUGAUCGGGGCCUUAGGGCCUGAGAGCGACUCCAGAGAGGAGAAGAUUGGCGGUUGCGAUUCGAGGGCAGAUAGCGAGGUGGCGGUGCAGAUUCCGGAUGGAAGUGCGCGGGUGAAACGGCCGUGCAAGACAUGCGCGGAGCGGAGAAAGAAAAAGGCGGAAAGAAGACAGUUGCUUGCUAGUCCAACUGAAACGGACAACGCAUGAUAGUUCUUGCAAAGUAAAGUUUUUCGACGUUGAAAAAUGCAUUAUGCAUGUGGAUCGGAUUCCGAAGUUUCUUACGUCAAGACAUGUACCAAGUCAAUCCAAACCACGAGCUCGCGACCACUUAAUGUGAGUGCUCAUAGAAGUAGGUUGGGCGCAGACUGUCAGAACCCGUGGAAGGCUAGAACGUGGACCAAAUUCGGACCUUUUGAAACCCCCCACCGUUUUGUACCCUGAACAGUAGUAUUGGCCGGGGAUCAAGGAUACCUAGCUCCAGAGACUCUACCGGACCGUGUGUCGACGUACCCGGUGCCGCACUACGGCCGCUGGCGACU